AUGCGUCACAGUUUGGUACAUGCGCUUGCCUUGGUGCAGUUGGUUUCUGCUGGCCCCGUCCUCCGGCCGAGAGACACAGUCACUGCCCAGGUCAACUUCAACAACAACACAGGUGCCCCCGAGCAUUUGGCAUCCGGGCUUCUAUAUGGGGUACCUGACACUCUAAACCAAAUUCCCAGCCACUUUUAUGAAAAUAUCGGAUAUAACUAUGAGCGAGCAGGGGGCGCACAGGUUGCAGCCCCUGGCCUUGGUUGGAUUUGGGGAUUAACCGAGUACAAGGUAGAAUACAACCAAAACAGCAUCAUCAAAAAAAUUAUUCUCUAUGCUGACACUGAUGCGCGCGAGUACGAUGCGACUUUCAUUUUCCUCAUUCACGAUCUUUGGGGGGCUGAUGGAACUCAGAACUCGUCCGCGCCUUACCCUGGUGAUAACGGCGACUGGAGCAGCUGGGAUGAAUAUCUCACCCAGUUGUUCUCCGAUAUGAAGGCAAAUGAUAUGACUACUUCUCUUGUGGUUGACAUUUGGAAUGAACCUGAUGGAUCCGGGUUCUGGAAUCGUGAGCAGGACCAGUAUCUUCAAAUGUGGGGUAGGACGUACUAUAAAUUCAGGGCGGAAUUCGGCACUGAGGUAGAACUUUCUGGCCCAGCCAGUGCGGGUGAGCCUCUUGCCUCCAAUAGUUGGUGGCAGGCAUGGGCUUCAUUUGUUUCUAGCAACAAUUCCAUCCCAGAUCAAUACGCAUGGCAUAUGGAGUCAGGCACUGGAGAUCUUCUUUCAGCUCAAGCUGGUCUCGAUUACUGGCGUGGAACUUACGACCUUCCGGCGAAACUAAUCAACAUCAACGAAUACGCCGUUUACGAUGAACAAGUUCCAGCUGGCUCAGCUUGGUGGAUCAGUCAGUUGGAGCGUAUUAAUGCCCGAGGACUGAGAGGCAACUGGCUAAGUGGAACUAAUCUCCAUGACUAUAUGGCUUCCCUCCUGGGAAAGUCCGGUUCUACAUACUACCCCAACGGAGACUAUCAAGUGUACAAAUAUUACUAUCAGAAUAUGACAGGUUAUCGAGUGGGAACUCUUCCUUCUUCCGACUUGAAGCUAGACGCAUACGCGACGGUAGGAUCGGAUUAUGCCCGGGUUCUAGUUGGGGUUCGAGUCGACACCGGUACCUGGGAGUUGGAGUUAAACUCACUGUCUUCUCUUGGACUGCCGACAAGUGGCACGCUGAAUAUCCAUACCUGGGGAUUUCCUGUGGCCUCUGACGUGCAUUAUGGAGAGAUCGACGGGCCCACCGAUUUGGGAUGGUAUGAGCACGCCUAUUCAGAGAAUACUGUUACCUUCCCAGUAUAUCAAACAGACGAGGUCACUGCAUAUGCAUUUGAGUUCAUUGUCUAG